CGUGAACUCACAGUGUCGAGUCGUCCUGAUUCUACGGGCUUUCCGAUCGAGGGACACGAAAACAACAGUCUUCUAACAGCACCUUCAAAAUGUUGAAUGCUCUUCGAUCGGUGGAUUGGGGUAAUAUUCGCCGCGAUGGCCAUAAUUUAUUCACAAAACUCAUCCGAACACGUAACCCUCAAGACAUCGAGGGUCCUGAAAUCCCAGCUCCGGGUACACAACGCCUCUCUCGAUGCUUAGAUACAACGGACCUUACAUCUUUGGGAGUUGGUUCCUGUGCCGGCACCGGGAUGUAUCUGGUCUCCGGGAUGGUUGUGCAAAAGUUUGCUGGCCCUGGAGCGGCGAUAAGUUUCAUGAUAGCAGCCAUAGCGAGCAUUUUCUCAGGGUUUUGCUACGCUGAGUUUGGUGUCCGAGUGCCAAAUACAACAGGAUCUGCUUACACCUACUCCUACGUCACUAUUGGCGAAUUCAUAGCGUUUAUUAUCGGCUGGAAUAUGCUAUUGGAAUACCUGAUUGGAACCAGUGCGUGUGCUCGAGCCUUGAGCGUCUGUUUCGACUCCUUAUGUGAUGGUGCUAUUACCAACUUCUUUGCAUCGCACAUUGGAACCAUCUUUGGCAAACCCCCGGACUUUAUAGCAUUCGCUAUAACCAUUUUAAUGUCCCUGAUACUGGUCGCCGGCGUCAAAAAGUCUCUGAUAUUCAACAAUGUCCUAAACAUCAUUAAUUGUAGCGUUUGGGUGUUUAUAAUGACAACUGGAUUGUUUUACGUUAAGUGGGAUAAUUGGUCACAGCACGGUGGAUUCCUACCGUACGGCUGGAGUGGAGUAUUCAGAGGUGCGGCAACAUGCUUCUACGCGUUCAUUGGGUUCGACAUAAUUGCUACAACAGGCGCAGAAGCCACAAAUCCAAAACGAUCAAUUCCUUUGGCUAUUGUGUACAGUCUCGGCAUUGUUCUCGUAUCCUAUGUAACCUGCUCCUUGAUGCUCAGCUUAGUCGUGCCCUACGAUCAGGUAUCGACGGAGGCUGCCCUCCUCGAUAUGUUCACCUACGUAAAUGCACCAAACUGCAAGUACAUUGUCGCUGUGGGUGCGCUAGCUGGCCUUACAGUUGCUAUGUUCGGGUCUAUGUUUCCGCUUCCUCGCGUCGUAUACGCUAUGGCGCAGGAUGGACUGAUAUUUAAACAACUGUCAGUGAUUUCGCGGUUCGGGACCCCUGCAACUGCAGCUGUUUACGGUGGUGGCGCGGCCUCUAUCGUCGCACUCUUCGUUCAUCUCGAAGUACUUGUCGAAAUGAUGAGCAUUGGUACUCUUCUGGCGUACACACUGGUGUCAACUUGUGUGCUAGUUCUUCGUUAUCAACCAAAUUCUACCAACUUGAUCGACCUCUUGCCUGAGAGCUUUCGCACUCCGGUUGACCCCGAAGGCACGGCAUCGGGUCAACGACAAACGGCAAUAAUGGGACCGAUUCAAGCCCACGUUUUACCAUGCAGUCAACGCGUAAUGGUACGUCGUGUAACACGCAGCUCACCGGACUCGGACGAUACUCUGCCUGGUGAUGACAGCGAGGAAUACGGACGCGGGGACCAGUACCUCAUUCAUUCUACCUCGGAAAACCAAUUCUACGUGCCCAGUGCUGGUUGCUCUGACGUGCCGAGGUUCCAGCGUUUCUUCGACGACAUAUACCAACGUUUGUUCGCCAUGUCGUACCUGUGCCCGGGGAUCUUGCCCUGGAUUGAUUGUGGCCCCGCUACAGAACAGAGUGGAAAGUUCGUGAUAAGGGCUGUCGGAUUGAUGUACAUCCUGGUUAUAAUUUUCGACAUGCUCGCCGCCUUCUCCAGCCCUGGCAACUUUACUACAUUCCUAAUGGUUCUACUGGCACUCGGCGUUUUGGCCAUUCUGAUUAUGAUCUCACGCAAGCCACAAAAUAAGACCGGCUUGAUAUACACUACCCCUGGCGUCCCUUUUGUACCGGCAAUUGCAGUGACUGUAAACAUUUAUCUGAUCUUAAACCUCUCUGUACUGACCCUUGUACGAUUCACCGUCUGGAUGAUUUUAGGAUUCUUUAUGUACUUCAUGUAUGGUAUUAAGAACUCUGUAUUAGAGACCGACCCGCCCAAGUCUCCGGAGCCAAUACCACCACCCCCGAACCCACUUGAACGUACUAUGUUAGUCCCAGGGCCCACUCAAAGUUACCCGGUCGGAGAUCGAAACAUAUUCCAGGGCGAUGGACCCUUCGGCAACAAUGAUCAUCAAAUCUAUGAAGAUCCGCUGCAGUCCUGGAAGAUAACAGAAACCCAACCAACACGGAACCGUACUACAAGCAAUGUAUCAUUGAAAGCAGUAGAAACUCGAUUCGAUCCUCAAACCAACAAUGUAACCACGCACACUUCUAGCCGACCACCAUGGGCGUACCCGGAGGUUACCUACGACGCAUGGGACGACUAAAUACCUGGCUAUCUCAUCCAAUGUUUUUCCUGAGCAUUUGUUUUAAAAGUUAGUUUGAGAGUUUCUCUGUCUUUCCUUGUUUGUAUUGCUUCGGCAUAUUACACUUGUUUGAGUAAUGAAGUAAUAUCCGUUCUCGCAUAUAUAGAUACUGGAUUAUAUUUUAUGUAUGGUUCAACUAGUACAAAAAAGAAAUUAUUUAUUUACACUUAUUUUUAACAGAAGUCAAAAGAAUUUAUUUUAUGAUGCACCAAAAUUAUUAAGAUAUUAUUUAUUUUAGUAAAAUAUUUUUAGCUAAGAUCUUAAAGUAUCCAAGUUUGACUUUGAAUUUUGUAAAAUUAUAUAAGAAAUAUAAAACAUUAUUACCUUGACAUUCUAGUUAUAUUCGAUGUUAAUGUGUUGUUAAAGAGUUGUUAGAGAUAAAGUGAUAAGCAAAAAAAAGUUCUUACACAAAAGUAUUAUAGUGUUUAUUUAUUCAUUGUUUUUUAAUGUAUAAAUUUAUUUCAAUUGUCAGUAUUAAUAGCGUAAGUAGUUAAUUAUUAAUCGGUUAUCUUUAUGUUUUUACACAAAAUUAGAUUAUUAGUGUUCGUAUUUCACUUCGUAAAAUAAAAUUGUUUAGAAAAGUGAGAAACUUUAUAUGUUAUUGUGUAAAAUAGGCAUUUACUAAUAUUAAACUAGUAUUAAUGAAAUAUUAAUCACUCUCUGUAUUUAAAAGAACUGAAUGUUUGGUCUGAUAUUCGUAUAUCCAACGCUUAAGGUGCUUAUUCCAAAACGUUUCGUGAUCUAGUCAAAAUAUGACAAACUAAUUGUGUGAAAGAGGCUUCAAGUUUGUUACGUAUUUUGGAAUUCGAACCUAAUACUUUUUCGUACUCAAACAUAUCAAACGAAUUUUCCAGCAAAAUAUCCAGCGUGAUACUUGCUUGUUGAGCAAAAUUUUCAAUCUUCACUUGAGACUUUCAACACCGACUAAAAUAGAUUAUUUCUAUAUGCGCAAUGAAUACUCGCGCAAGGAAAGAUUCGGAAAGACGAUACGUGCCCCGUCAUAGAAGUCUCUUCACAUAAGAAAUAAUUAACCCAAAACGCGUAAUGGCACUGCAUUAUUAUGAAACCCAGUUAAAAUCUAACAAAGGAUUGGAAAUUUUGCUUUUAAUGUUUCAUUUAAAUUUAAAACUUUUAAAAUUUACUUACUUCACUAUUUUGUAUAAUAUGUAUUUUGGAGAAUAAAAUCUAUUGAUUACUUUUAAUACCUAAGUCUGUCAGCCUAAACUGUUGCUUAAAAGUCUAGUAUACUAUGUAAAUUGUAAAAUACUGAACACGUAAAUAACAUAUCUAAUAUACUAUACCAAUUUGUGUGAAUGUUUUCUAAACUUGAAAUAGUCAAAUACAUUAUAAUCUUGGUGUCAUGAAAUGGUUGUAGACAAUAAUGUAGUUAUAAUUAAAUACGCACGCAAUCUUCUCAGCACUUCAUUACGUUAUCCUCAACAUAUAGGUCCUAUUGAAACUCACGAUUGUGAUAUUUUAAGUAAUAUAUUGGUUAAUUAGUCUUGUUAGUAACUCUCUUAAAUUAGACAUUUGUUUUACUUUAAUGCCUGUUUCUAAAUACUGAUUUUGUACAUAGUAUGGGAUGCAUGUGAUAAUUAGACAUCUCAACAUUAUUUUGUAAGUUAUUCAGUAUGAGAUUCAAAUAGAUGUUUUGUCACUUUUAUUCUAUAUUUAAAGCGAUGAUAAUGAUAAGGACAUCGUGUUAUUUGUGGCUUAAUGUGUCUAUACUGAGACUCGCCAUUUAAAUUUAUUCACUAAAAUAUUAUGAUACUCAAUUAAAUGUGAUUUUAGUUUUAUAUAUUGUAGCUUGUUCUUCGCGUAACUAUCAUUUAGUAAGGAAACGAAGAUUGAUGUUUGUAUUAUUCAUAUUAAAUAUAGGCCUUAAUAUGAAGUUGUUGUUGUUUAUUAGAACUAAAUUAUGUAUUUAACUAUUAAUUAAGACUCUUAAAUGUUAGGCGUAAGAGUUGGUCACUAUUAGUUAAAACGUAUUUAUUUAAAAACUAAAGACAACUUACGCUGGUAUUAAACAUAGAACAGUGAAAGACUUUUGCCAUUUUGAAAAUGUUCAGUUCAAACAGUGUAAUUGGCUUGAUUUGGUUUAUAAAUAAAUGCGCUAAGUUUUCUGUUUCGUAGCACAAAUAUAUAUCGUCGUAUUGAUUAUACAACAUGUGUUACCUCAUAAAAUGUAUGUGUAAAAGUCAAUAGAAAAUGUACCGAUUUUCGGAAAUUAAAUGUUAAUUCUUUGCUCUUUAGCAGGAAAUAAUUUUAAUGUUAUUUAAGGUUUACAUCUUGUGUAUUAGAUUCUAAGUUAAAAAGAACAAAGAAAGUUUCCUACUGUAUUCUGAGAAUGUAAAAUCACUACUUUAACCGCGAUUUUGACUCCACACUGUUGAAACCCUACUAGAAUUUGACAUACCUACUGGAGUCACAUUUCGCGCUCACAACUGAAACAAAAGUUUUCUGUCCAGUAUCUCAAAUCUAGUAUUAUUCCUCACUGCUCAAAUAUAAACUGUAAAGCUGUUUAGUCAUAUUGUCUUAAUAGUGUUGCAAAAUUUGGUGCAUUGAUAGUUUUCGGAAUUAGGGUAUAUUAAAAAGUUGCUCUUAGAAACGCAUUUGCCAAACUUUCAUCCUAAAUGUUGCGCGCUUUUUCAACCUCUACAAUGUAAUAGAAUUAAUUUGGCUACUCAGUUAAACAACUUUAACUGAUUCCUUUAACUUUUAGUGCACCUAUAUAAUACAAAAAAUAUGUUUAGAAAUUGUUGUACUAAAAUAUAAUAUUGUGUAAACUGUAACGUAGACUAAGGUAGCUACAUCGGACGGGCUUCAUCACUACGUAUCCCUACAAUAGUACACAACAAAGUCAAUAAUUCCUACAUUCACCAACGCUUUAACUGCACCUAUGAUUAGGUAAUCGUCGAUUUAACAAGACGUAAUAAAGCCAUUCGUCGGUAACUCAAUUUGAUUUAAAUUCAUCUAUUGUGUCGAUUAUAACGAUACCAAAAGGCAACCAACACGCAAAAACUAAGUCUAAAGAGUUGCUCAUUUGUUUAUUCCGAUCAUAGAUUUGGUGAUUUCCUAACAAAGAAAACACAGGUUUCAGUGAUAAUUAAUUCAGGACACGACGAUGAAAAAACAAAAUAGCGAAUUUUUUCUUUACAAAAGCUUGUCAACACUCGGCACACAUCAAUUAAUAUAUUUUAAUGUGACACGCGCUUAUAGGCAAAUAUAGUAAUCAUGAAGAGAAACAAAACAUCGAUUAAAAAAUUUAUAAAACGUAAAGGAAAAUUGAUUUCAAAGUGUGCGACCAAACUCUAGACAUCAAAUGAAUAUUUAAAUUUAUUAAUUUAAUAAUCAACCUACGCCUUUUUCUUGAAGGCAUAUGACUUAGGGGCCUUCAAGAAAAAGGCGUACCAUUCCCUGAAAGGUCAGCAAUACACCCGCUAGUCCUCGGCAUUGCAGGCAUUCAUCACUUUAUUCAAAGUGCCCGGUUUACCGAGUACUGGUUUGCCGUCUGUUAGUAUCCGGUCCCAUAAAUAAAAUUGUUUUAGUGAAUCCCGAACAUUUAUUUGCAUAACCACUGCAUCCAAGCUGGGCAAGCCACAUUAAUAAAAAUAUAGGGUCGGGCAACAACGGCCCGUAACAUUGUUUUACAUCGAUAUUGAAAAGACAAAACUUCAAAGCGUAAAGCGUGUGUCUACAACAUACAAAGCGAAUAAAAAUUUCUUUAUCAUACGUGCCACGUACAUGUGCGCGACUUUCACUGAUUUCACAAGAUCCUUUAUGUAAGUGAAAUUUGAAAAUAUCUUGAGUUAAAUGUUGCGUAGUCUGAAGCCAAUCCGAUGGAAACAUGAAUCUUGUCUUGUUGUUAUUUAUGUUAGGGUAAAGUGAUUGUAUUGUAUAAACUGUAAAAUCAGUAACGACCAGGGGCCUAUGCUUAUAUUGCCGCUCAACAAAAAAAUUGUACGAAAGUAGCCAUAACAUUUGAAAAAUUUGAGAGAUACCAAUUUCAAUUUAUUGAUUUGUACCACUUAUUCUAAGAUUCAGUGCAAUUGAAAAAAAUAUCCUUUAUCGGAAUUAGGGUUGGGCGGUAGGUAUUACGUCAUAAUUGUGCGGUAGGUAUCAUGACCCAUGGGGCUUGGACAAGGUCUUCCUUUAUCACUAUUUUUUAUUGAUACUAUUUAGACAAAGUCAGAUCACAAUACACUCAGUUUCUGGGUUCUUAAUUGUUUAUUAUUAUAGAUAUCUUCUAAUAUUAGAAGAUGGUACGUAUGAUUUUAUUGUUUGCCACCUUGACGCACUAAAAGUUUUAAUAAAGAGAUUGUCUUCCGAUUUUUAUUACGACAGUAAUUUACGGAUGCGGUAGGAAUUAUUUAUGUUCCAAAUGUCCGAACCAAAAAGUCGAUCGCGGAUGUCAGUCACAGAAGGCUGAUCCCCUUUUACCUAUUCGAAAAAAAUGUCACGAAACGGAUAAACGGACGAAUAUUUAAAUUUUUGCAGUGUUAUAUAUAUUUAAAUGUGUUCGUAUAAUACAAUCACUUUUAGACAUAAUAUUUAACCAAAAUGAAUGUGGAUUGGCGGUAUCGUGGAGACGGCGAAAUUUUACUAUUUUAUGUCGGAAAGAUGUCGGCAGUUGGAAUAAAUUCAUUAAAUAAAUAAGUCGUUUUAUUGAAAAGCAUAUUAACAUUUGAAAAUGACUUAACUUUGUUC